UAUCGAAAUGGAAUUCGAUUCGAUAAAUCGUUUGACCAUUCUUUAGUCACGUGACUCUUUGUAGCAUGCGCAGUACGUGUUAUUGCAUAAGGUUAUCAUGUUGAUCAGUGUCGUUCGGACGAAACAAUGAACGUGUCUCCGCUCUUGCGAAUAACACAAACUGCACAAACCAUUCACAGAAGUUUUAACUGUUGGACGACGGCAAUAACGAAGAAACACAGAAAAAUCUAUCUACGAGAAUUUCCUACACGCCUUGUACUUCCAUGUGGCAGUAGCAUCAUUAUAAAUUACCCUGUACCAAGGCAAAUAAUCACACUUCCUCUUGAUAUUAAUACUCUUUCUCCAAUGGAUCGUCAACUUAGGAUAGCAGCUCGUACAACAGUGUCUAAAGUAAAAAUAGAAGAUGAAAUCAAUAUUGAUUUUGAUGAAACAGAGUAUUAUACAGUGAAAAAUUAAUCAUGUUUAUCAGGAUUUUAUAGUCAUUUAUAUUUA